UCAAAGCAGGUUUCUUGUGCAUCCCGGUAGACGUACGGCCGGAAUCACAGAGCAUCGACGGUAAACCGCGCCCGCUUUCAUUCCCGACCUGUGUGUUUUUUCUCCACAUUUACUGGCCAUGCCUUUGAGGAGACAAUGGCUUCAGAUCGUCCUGCUUCUUGCUGUCACACAAUCCUGUCGGACACAGGUGAGCACCAAAGGCUUCACUGGAACGGAGACCGAUGAUGGGUCAGUAUGGAUCGGCUCUCAAACCAGAAAAGCCCUCGAGAGCCGUCUUACAACCGUCUUCCUCCCCGUCAUCUACAUCCUGGUGUUUGUCACCGGGUUGCCCACCAACGUCUUGGCUCUAUGGGUCUUCCUCUUCAGGACCAAGAAAAGGCACCCCUCAUCCAUCUACAUGGCCAACCUGGCUCUGGCGGACCUGCUGUUUAUUGUCUGGCUCCCCGUGAAAAUAGCGUACCACUUCAAUGGCAACAACUGGACCUAUGGAGACGAGCUGUGCGAAGUGCUAGUAGCGUUCUUCUAUGGCAACAUGUACUGCUCCAUAGCCUUCAUCGCCUGCAUUAGCGUCCAGCGUUACUGGGCUGUGGUCUACCCUAUGUCCCAGAGGCACAGUAGCACCGUGUUAGCGGUUUCCAUCUCGGUAGCUAUCUGGGUGCUGGUGUGGCUCACUUCCAUCCCCCUCUACAUGUAUCAUCAAGUCGUGAACAUACCACUCAUGGACAUCAGGACCUGCCACGACGUCACCAGGCCCAGUGAAAAGAAGAUUGCCGCUGGAUACUUUUUGACGGUGGGAUUGCUGGGUUUCGUCGUCCCCUCAGUUGUGUGCAUCAUGUCCUACGUCUUCAUGCUCAAGGCUCUGCGGAACAACAUGGGGGACCCUACCAUUGCCAAGAAGCGCCGCAAGGCCGUGGUCUUGAUCAUCACCGUCCUGCUCGUGUUUAUAAUCUGCUUCACCCCCAGCAACAUCAUGCUGCUGGUGCACUACAUUCUCCUGCUGGGCGAGGUCCCAAACAACCUGUACGGGUUUUACAUCACCACCCUAUGCCUAGCGAGCCUCAACAGCUGCCUGGACCCUUUAAUUUACUACUUCAUCUCCGAGGACUUCAGGGAGCACGUAAAGAACACGUUCCUCUGCAGGAGUCAGAGGACUGUUGAGAGGAACAAGGUCUCUUUCAGCGCUCUGAAGUUCUCCAAGAAGAGCAACUCGUACACUUCCAGUACGCCAAACACGAGGAGCAGCGACUGCUGAGGGGUCAUUGUUACGCUCAGGUUUAAGAGAAAAUGAACCUUGAGGUUGAGCAGUUUUAAACGGGUCUAGAAACAUGAUCUGUUUUAAUCUCCUUAAACCUUCUGCUCUUUCAAAGUUUGGGUGUUUUUGGAAAGUUAUUUGUACAGACUUUUUUUUUUUACUUAUUUAAUCCAUUCUCGUAAAUGCCUCUUCAUUUUAUUACUCUUUAUAGGAUCACUUUGGUCAUGUUAAAGAUGCUCAUGUUAUAGUUUUGUAGAGUGACUGUAGCCUUUUUUGUGUGCCACAGGACUUUGAAGCAACCUGUUGAAGGGCAACUUUUACCUAUUAAAUGAUACAAAACUAAAUGCAUAAUCAAGUUUGUUUGUUUUUUGUCUUUUUGUUGCAUCGUGUUUUUUAGCCUCUCACAAUAUAACACACAAAAAGCACGGCACCAAAGCGAUGUUCCAGCAAAUUUUCCUGUUAGUCAUUUUACAGAUUUCAAAUCUGUAAAUUACAAAAAUAAAAUAGAUUAUACUACACCUCUGCUAAACCUUCUUAGCUGCUUUCUACCAUGGUCAGUAAUUGCAUGUUUAAAAAUACCAAGGAACAAAAAGGGAGUCACUGGCCCAACUAGAACUUAAUAUUGGGUAUUAAAUCAAGCCAAUCUUAAUUCUAGCAUGGAUAAAUCUUUCAUUUACAGUGUGAAUGUGCUUUGAAUUCAGAUCAGAGCCUUAUAGUGGUUGGAAGGACACGGUCAUCUGCUGUCUACGUAGAUGUUUUAAUUCGGUGCCGUGCCUCAAACUCGGCCAUUUCUCCCUUAUUUAGUUCUGACUGAGGUCAGAUAUUUCAAAAUCUUUCUUCUCCCUCCUCCUUUUAUCUGUAAAUGUAUCUGUGAACAGCAUAGCAAAACUCAGACACAGUAUAUCAUGCUUAGAUGGAUACAUGGGAAAAAUAUUGUAUUCAUCUGUUUUUCCGUUGGAUUAAAAGGUACAAGUACUUCUAUCAGGAAGCUUACAGCAAA